AAUGGAAAGAGCUUGUGCAAUUUUUUUCCCCAAGAAAAAAAGAAACUUAUCGCGAUUGAAUAAUGUGUGUUUGAUGUUUUCUUUUUAAUGAGACGUUAACAGGUGUAUUUUAUUUUGUUGAAAUUUGAAACUUGAAAAUAUUAAAAAUUGUUUUUAAAAUGUCAGAAAAUAUGUCUUGAUAAUUAAAAUUAAAAAAAGUUGAUCCAAGUGUAAUUAGGGUUCUCUUUUUCUCGCCCUAUUUAAUGAAGGAAAAGGAAAAGGAUAAAACUAUAUAAGAAAAAAUAUCUUCUAUCGAACCCACCAAAAUUUGUUCUGCUUUAAUUACAAGCAGGGAAUCAUUCGUUGAAAAGAAUUUCUUUCAUAUUCUUUGUGGGGUUUUUGGUUGGUUUUUAUUCAUUGAAAAGAAUUCCAGUUAAUAAUUUUCAGAGUCACACAGCUUUUCACCAAGCAAGCGGGAUGGGUAGAGGAAAGUUCAAGGGAAAACCCACCGGUCGCCGUCAGUUUUCCACUCCGGAAGAGAUGUGUACGUUUCUUCUAGCUCCUUACUUAUGUACUCGUCUGGGUUUUGUUGCGUAUUAGCUAAAUUUAUUACCUGCGUGGUUAUCUAAGCUGGUUGAAUUUCAUGAGGUUCGUAGAUAAUUGUAAAACCGGAUCUCUCAUGUUUUUGUUGGAUCUUUUGUUGCUUUGGAUUUACCAGUUUGGUCCGAUUUUGUCGUGUUUUGGGAUCUCUUUGUUGAUUUGUGCUGAUUUUUUUGAGAUGUAUUAACGUUUUAUAGCCUUCUACAAUUUUAUUUUAAUUAAAAAGAACCAUUCUUUAGUUUUGCUUGGAGAAAGUUAUAUGGUAAUUUUGCAAGCACAACCCGUUGUUUGGGAUCUCUUAAGAAUUUAUUAGCAUUUAGUGGGCUGUCUAUCCUUUCAGCUUGAGAACAUCACUUUUUGAAUCUGCUAUUCGAAAGGUUAUAGGGAGCAAUUGACUUCGUUUGAUGAUCUUUCUUAUGAGAAGAAAUUGUCUUUGUUUGAUGAUCUUUCUUAUGGCUGCCUUACUGUUUUCUGGUUCCUGAGAAGUAUUUGAUUUUCAUGUAAUGGAUUGAUAAAAUAACGUUUCCCUUUGUAGUGUUUUCCCUAAUAACAUGCUUUUAUAGAAAGCCCCUUAUUCUUGCAUUUUAAGUUUUGCCGUUGAAAUUGAAGAAUUGUUUUAUUAAUGUUUGUUUUCUUAUUUGCAAUUUCACAGUGGCUGGCACCUCUAGUCGUCCUCGCACAUUUAAAAAGGUAGCUCCUUCUUGCUUAUAAUACUCUUAUGGGUAUAGUAUUAUUUUAUGCAUUUUCAUUAGAAUCUUUGUCUAAAUUCUAUCUCCUUACGAAGUUAGUUGCUACAUUUUGAAACUGUGGGCAUGUAUUCCUGAAUGCGGUUGAUUUCUGAAUUUUCCUUUUGCAAAAGGGUGGGGUCUACUAUGGCUACCGUUCUAAGAACGGUGAUAUGCAUGUGAGGUUAUGAUCCCCAACUCUUUGUUAUAUCAGUUUCGGAAAUCUAAUGAAUCCAGAUUUAUUUGGUGAAGAUUAGUUUCCAGUUGCUCAAUUAUCUGUUUUCUGGUGCGACUUUUAAUGAUGAUGCUUUUCUGCCACUGCUUGCUUUGAGUUUCUUCAAGGCAGUAUCUUAUAUUCACAUUUCUGUUAGUCAUUAGUAAACUGUGUCUAACUAAGUCAACUCUUAAUGCAUCAGGAAGAAGCUGAAGUUGAAGAAGACGAGAGAUCAGAAGAAGAGUCGGAGGAGGAAUCAGAGGAUGAACUUGAAAAAAGCAAAGGAACUGAGGGAGUGAUUAAGAUUGAGAAUCCAAAUUUGGUCAAGCCAAAGAAUGUGAAAGCUAAAAAUGUUGAUCUGGAGAAAACAACCGAACUCUCUCGCCGAGAAAGAGAAGAAAUAGAGAAACAGAGAGCCCAUGAAAGGUAUAUGAAGCUCCAAGAAGAAGGAAAAACAGAGCAAGCGAGGAAAGAUUUAGAACGGUUGGCACUUAUACGACAACAGAGAGCCGAGGCUGCUAAAAAGCGUGAAGAGGAGAAAGCUGCCAAAGAACAGAAGAAGCUGGAAGCUCGCAAAUGAUCUUGAUGGGUAGCAAUAUCCUGUCAUGUUGUAGCUCUCCGAAAUCAAAGACGACUAGUCAUAUGUUUAGGCCGAUUGGAACCUAAUAUUUUUCAAUAUUCUGUGAAAGUUUGAUUUUUGUCUUUACAUUAGGAUAAUACCUCAAGAAACGUUUCCUUUAGUGUUAUUUUAUAGCAUAUAAUUAUAUCUUGGCCUGAUGAUUAGCAGAGUAGGGUGAGUUCCAUAAAUUUGAUAUCUGGUUGUGUGAGUUAUAGCAAAUUCUUUCACGAGAUGACUGCAAACUGGAAACUUGAUCACACACUAGUUCUUUUUGUUCGAACUUUUAACUCUGUUAGCUGAAGGAAUUUUUAUAACUCCCGAUUCACAAAUUUCAGUCCAUCCGUCGGGGCUUUCACCAUCUUAAGCCUUGUGGAUCUCUACCUAUUUUAUUUUCAGAAAUAAUUGGGAGAGUGCAAUGAACGAAGGAAUUGAAACCUCCGGUUACCAUUAUGCCGUAAUAAGCACUAAGCACUUCUAUUUCCAACGUUAUUAAUUUUUAUUAUCUCUUUCGAAUGAAAAUCAAUAUUACUCUCUCUCUAGAAAAACGGUACUCCUUUCUUCCGGUCCUUAAUAUAAAACAUUUUGAUUUCGUCCUAGGUUUCACUUAGUACGCAUUU